GAAAGAGGCGUUAUGCGGGCCAAAAAGGAGCAGCGGAAAUGGCCGUCGUUGACAGGGGACGAGGGGUUCCGAUCAAAUCCGUCGUCGCCUUGUUCUUCGUUUUCUUUUCGAGAUCCUUCGAUCUGGCGUCUUCUCUAGUUCCCGAUCUUGGAUCGGAGCGUGUCGUGUUUCAGACAAAUUAUGGUGACGUUGAAUUUGGUUUUUUCCCUGAUGUUGCCCCCAAAACAGUUGAACACAUUUUCAAACUUGUUCGUCUUGGGUGUUACAAUACAAACCAUUUCUUUCGGGUUGAUAGAGGUUUUGUUGCACAAGUUGCUGACGUUGUAGGGGGGAGAACUGCUCCUAUGAAUGAAGAACAGCGGUUUGAAGCUGAGAAAACUGUGGUCGGGGAAUUUAGUAAAGUUAAACACGUAAGGGGGAUUCUAUCGAUGGGAAGGUACUCUGAUCCAAAUAGUGCUUCAUCUUCUUUUUCAAUCCUUCUAGGAGAUGCACCACAUCUUGAUGGCGAGUAUGCGAUCUUUGGCAGGGUCACAAAGGGUGAUGAUACAUUACGGAAGCUAGAGGAGCUUCCAACGCGUCGUGAAGGGAUCUUUGUCAUGCCUAUUGAGCGUAUCAGCAUUCUGUCAACAUAUUAUUACGAUAUGAAGGAAGAUAACUGCCAGCAUGAGAAGUCUAUCCUAAAGAGAAAGCUGUCUGAGUCUGCCAUUGAGAUUGAGAGACAGAGGUUGAAAUGCUUUUCAUGAUCCUAACCGAAUAUGAUGUCUCCAACCCACUCAAAGCUGUGUAAGUUAUUUUUUUUUUCCCAUUCUUCCUGUGUAAUGAUGUUAUUGUAGGUUUUGAGUCAUAGAUGACAGAAACACCUUUCCUGUAAACAGUAUUUAGUUUUUACAAUACUAAAUUUGCACUGUUAAAACCCCAUGUAUAUGCAGGAUGUAUAUAUCUCUUAGCUAUGAAACAACGUUGACAGUAAAAUGUAAUACUCUUCCAAUACA